CAGCGGCGUGGCUUGCUCGGUGGUUUUGUCCUUUGUUUUUCUUCGUAAUAUCUUUCGAGAAUUAAGGGGUCUUUCAUGUGGUCAUUGGACUAAUAUUUGCACAGUCGUUGUGAAAUUGCUGUGGAACCAAUACGUUGCAAAAAUGGGACAAAGACGUGAUCAGUGGCCUGAGCGGCAUGCGAAAAUCGUCUUCAUUGUUGUAUCGCUUGUCUUUGGCAGAACGGUUUGGGCGCAAAUACGCUACUCGAUUUCUGAAGAGCAAAAGGACGGAGCUGCCGUGGGAAAUGUUGCAAAGGAUUUGGGCAUAGAUUACAGAACCUUAAAGGAGCGAGGAUUUCGCAUCGUCUCGACCUCAGGCGAGUCAAUGUUCACUUUAAAUCAGAAUGACGGCGUCUUGUACGUGAAUGGUAAAUUAGAUAGAGAGGAGGUGUGCGAGAGAAGCGCCCCGUGUUUAAUAAAUCUAAAAAUCGCAUUAGAAAAUCCUCUCGAGAUUCAUUACGUGACUGUUGAUGUAAUAGACGUGAAUGACCACGCUCCGAGAUUCCAAGAUCAGGAAAAGCAUUUAGAAAUAAGUGAAACGGUGCUUCCCGGUGCACGAUUCCAGCUUCAGGCAGCUCGCGAUCCAGACAGUGGCAGUCAUUCAGUUCAGACUUAUAAACUGAGCCACACCGAUUAUUUCCGUAUUGAAAUUAUAGAUCGUGAUGAAGAAGGCAAAGCUCCCGUGUUAACUUUACAAAAGCCGCUCGACCGAGAGAUUACAAAAACUAUGAAAUUGCAGCUGACUGCUUUAGAUGGAGGCAGACCACCGAAGUCUGGAACUAUGGAUAUUGUGAUAGAUGUGUUAGAUAUAAACGAUAAUGCCCCUGUUUUCACUAAAGAUACUUACACUGUAAUGCUGAAUGAAAACGCACCAGUAGGCACAGUAGUCUUAAGGGUGAACGCAACUGAUUUGGAUGAAGGUCAGAACGGGGAAGUAGUUUAUUCAUUAGGACAUAACGUCAAUUACAAGUUGCGCAAACUUUUUAAUGUCAACCCAAUCACAGGAGAAAUUAUUGUAACAGGUCUUUUGGAUUUUGAGAUAAAAGAUAAAUAUCAAAUUGACAUUCAAGCAUCAGACAAAGGAAUUGUUCCUCUAACGACAGAUAAAAUUAUAACUAUAAAAGUUGCUGAUAUAAAUGAUAAUCCCCCUCAGAUAGAAGUGACAUCAUUCUCAAGUGCCAUUCCUGAAGACUCCAAACCGGGCACAACGGUGGCUUUAAUAAGUGUAUCUGAUUUAGAUUCUGAAAUAAAUGGGAGAGUCACCUGUUCAUUACCUGAGGACAUACCUUUCAAACUAAUGCCGUCAUCACAAGAAAAUACAUACUCGUUAGUGACAACUUCAUCUCUUGACAGAGAGACAAUUUCUCGCUAUGACAUCACAUUAGAAGCCAAAGACGCUGGUCAGCCACCGCAGUCUUCUGUUAAAUCUAUAACUGUCCAGGUAUCAGAUGUUAAUGACAAUGUUCCAGAGUUUUCUUUUUCUCCUUAUGCAUUUUAUGUGAUGGAGAAUAAUGCUCCAGGCAAAUCUUUAUUUUCUGUGUCUGCCUCUGACAAAGACACAAGUGAAAACAGUGUAGUCAGUUAUCAAAUAUGGAGAGAUGGUGUAGAAAACAAAUAUACAUCUUUCAUUAAUAUUAACUCUGAAAAUGGGGAGAUUUAUGCACUAAAGAGCUUCGACUUUGAAACUGUUAAAACGUUCCAGUUCCAAGUUGUUGCUACAGACUCUGGCACUCCGUCUCUGAGCAGUAACGUGACAGUGAACGUGUUUAUUCUGGAUCAGAACGACAACGUUCCAGUGAUCUUAUAUCCAGUCAGCGCUAACGGUUCUGCUGAGGGUGUGGAAGAGGUUCCUCGUAAUGUGAACGCAGGUCAUUUGGUGACUAAAGUCAGAGCCUAUGAUGCUGAUAUAGGAUACAACGGCUGGUUAUUAUUUUCACUGCAGGAAGUUAGUGACCACAGUCUCUUUGGUUUGGACCGCUAUACAGGACAGAUAAGGACCCUUCGCUCAUUCACAGAAACAGACGAGGCCCAGCAUAAACUGCUCAUACUGGUCAAAGACAAUGGGAACGUUUCUCUCUCAGCAACAGCGACUGUGAUUGUCAAAGUUGUGGAGCCCAAAGAGGCUUUUGCAGCUUCUGAUGUUAAAAACGCAGUAAAAGACGAGGAGGAAAACAACAUGACAUUUUAUUUGAUCAUCACUUUGGGCUCGGUUUCAGUGCUUUUUGUCAUCAGCAUCAUCGUGUUGCUUGUAAUGCAGUGCUCUAAAUCGACAGACUAUUCGUCCAAGUAUUUACAGGAUACAAAUUACGAUGGGACUCUGUGUCACAGCAUCCAGUACAGAUCUGGAGACAAACGGUACAUGUUAGUUGGACCCAGAAUGAGUAUCGGCUCUACUAUAGUCCCGGGCAGUAAUGGAAAUACUCUAGUGAUCCCAGAUCGCAGGAGGAGAGAUUCUGGGGAGGUAAGACAUUUUAAGGUUUGA